AUUAGCAAUCGGUCCCUGUGCGGUAAAUGCAUGCUGCUGUUUUUGAAUAUUGAAGUUUUAUCCUUUUUUUAUAUUGAAAACAAAGCUAUUUAUUUUUGAUAAUUUCUAGUGAUCUAAUUUAAUUGUAGCUUAUUAUGGACAUGAAUAUUGAGGACGUCAAGAGUAACUCCAAGACUCAAAGAAUUUCCGCUCACAGUCAUGUGAAAGGUCUUGGUUUAAAUGAGGAGGGUAUUGCGGAGGAGAUACAUCAAGGUUUAGUUGGACAGAAAGAAGCUCGAGAGGCUGCCGGUAUCAUCGUUGAUUUAAUUAAAAUGAAGAAAAUGUCUGGUCGAGCAAUGUUGUUUGCUGGCCCACCAGGAACUGGUAAAACUGCGAUAGCCUUAGCCAUUUCACAAGAAUUAGGAACCAAAGUACCAUUUUGUCCAAUGGUUGCCUCUGAAGUAUACUCAUCCGAGGUGAAGAAAACCGAAAUUUUAAUGGAAAAUUUCCGAAGAGCUAUUGGCCUACGAGUUAAAGAAGUUAAAGAAGUUUUUGAAGGAGAAGUUCUAGAAAUUACACCAGCCGAAACUGAUAAUCCUCUCGGUGGUUAUGGUAAAACCAUUAGCCAUGUAAUAAUUGGUUUGAAAACAGCGAAAGGAACCAAACAGCUUAAACUCGAUCCUAGUAUCUACGAAAGCUUACAGAGAGAACGAGUUGAGAUUGGUGAUGUAAUUUACAUUGAAGCAAACAGUGGUUCUGUGAAAAGGCAAGGAAGAUGUGAUACCUAUGCUACAGAAUAUGAUUUAGAAGCUGAAGAGUACGUUCCAUUACCUAAAGGAGAUGUUCACAAGAAAAAAGAAGUCGUUCAAGAUGUCACUCUACAUGAUCUCGAUGCAGCUAAUGCCCGUCCUCAGGGUGGACAGGAUAUUCUCUCUAUGAUGGGACAACUUUUGAAACCGCGAAAAACUGAAAUUACUGAUAAAUUAAGAAUGGAAAUCAACAAGAUAGUAAAUAAUUAUAUUGAUCAGGGGAUCGCAGAACUUGUACCCGGUGUUCUGUUUAUUGAUGAGGUUCACAUGUUAGACAUUGAAUGUUUCACUUAUCUUCAUCGCGCUUUGGAAUCGACUAUUGCUCCUAUUGUAAUAUUUGCCACUAAUCGAGGAAAAUGUGUUGUCAGAGGUACCGAUGAUAUCGUAUCACCACAUGGUAUCCCGCUUGAUCUGCUAGACAGAAUAAUGAUAAUUAAGACGGUCCCAUACAGAGUGGAAGAAAUUAAAGAGAUUGUUAUAAUCAGAGCUGCCACGGAAAGAGUGAUGAUUGAAGAGGAUGCUCUCGACUUUUUAGCUGAUAUCGGUGUUAAAACAACUUUACGUUACGCUGUUCAGCUAUUAAACCCAGCCAGUCAUUUGGCAAAAAUUUAUAAAGCCAAUUCCAUUGAGAUAAGAAUGAUUAGGGAAGCAAGUGAGUUGUUCCAUGAUGCCAAAGCAUCUGCCGUCAUAUUAUCCAGACCUGAUGCUAAAUUUAUGAAAUAAUCAAACCCUGUCAUACCAUUUUGCUCAGUUUUCUCAGUUCGUUAAUUUCGUUCCUUUUUUGUAUUUAAAAAUACGAAACAUGCCAUUGUAUUUUGACCAUCAAAUAAAUGUCUUUUUAAAAAAGCAUUCCAUUUUAA